CCCUGAAGGAAGAUGGCGGCAGGGGAGGUGAAGUCGGUGCUCUUCGUGUGCUUGGGAAACAUUUGUCGCUCUCCAAUAGCUGAAGCAGUUUUUAGAAAACUUGUAACUGAUGAAAAACUUGACAAUAAGUGGAUGACAGACAGUGCUGCUGUUUCAGACUGGAACGUGGGGCGCUCCCCAGAUGCAAGGGCUUUAAGUUGUCUAAGAAAUCAUGGCAUUGAGACAACACAUAAAGCACGGCAGAUUACUAAAGAAGAUUUCCAGACCUUUGAUUAUAUACUUUGCAUGGAUGAGAGCAAUCUGAGAGAUCUGAAACGGAAGAGCAACCAAGUUAACUCCUGUAAGGCCAAAAUUGAACUACUUGGAAGUUACGAUCCACAGAAACAACUUAUCAUUGAAGAUCCAUACUAUGGCAGUGAAAAGGACUUUGAAACUGUUUACGAGCAAUGUGUAAGAUGCUGUAAAGCAUUUUUGGAGAAGCCUCAUUAACGCUUUACCAUUUUGUUUCUAAAAGAAUAUAAUUAGCUUCUCCACAAAUAUGUAAGGUGUACUUAAUUGAUGUAUUAAAAUUGUAAAAUUAUGCCACAGUAGGUUCAAAGCUUUUUCAGUUUAAUUUUAUAUUUUCAGUCUUCUGUCAUCUAAUUUAAAAGCACAAGAAAUUUGUAACUGUUUUGUCACACAUCAGUGUAAUAAUAAAAGUCUAUGAUUGAGAAUAAAAUGAUCUGUAACCUCUUCCAGUGCUUUUUGACAAGCACUGCAAAAGUAGCCUCUUGCUUCUUUAUGUUCUGUACUCACUAAAACGAGGUCUUCUUGCAGUGCCCUUAGUGAGUUUCAGUGGGAGUCUGAGAUAAUAGUUCAUGUAUGAUAAGUCAGGUUUGUCAUCCUAGUAUCAUUAGGCAGCCUUUGGACUGAAGGUGUGCCAUGCUGAGCCUGCUAAACUAAAGGAACUGCCUGUCCCCAGGCAGACACUGCUCUUUAACAUACUCUCAACACUUAAGCAAGGAAAAUCCCUUGUGCAUGUGUCAUCAGGAUUGUGUGAAAACAUGGCUUUGUGUCAUUUCAAAUGCUCAGUUAUUCAAAGAAGAAAUAAUUUUUGUUCUAGUACAUUUUUAUACUAAUUAAGGUGAAGUACUUCAGAAAUAGUAAGUGAUGUUAACAGAACUUUCCUAGCCUUUAGUCUUGUUAUCAAUUCCUAGCAUGCUGAUACACAUAGCAUUUAGUUUGACGACAGAACAGCUCAGCUUAAAAGCCUAAAUGUGACAUGUACAUUUUUAUCUCAUAGUCAAAUCCUCCAAUCCAUUCCAUGUACCCAAUAAGAAAUUUGCUGUAAUCCUAGUUCUUGUGUGGGUGUCAGACUGUAUUUAGUCAUCAGAAUGCCUUGCCUGUCAGAAGUGUUCUCUGACAGUAGAGUUCAACUGAAAGACAGUCCAUCUGUAAUAUAAUACAAACUUAACAGAAGGCCAGUAAGUAGAAAGUUCUGAUCUUGGAUAAAAAGUAAAUGCUUUGUAAAAAUCCUUGCCUGCUUGUCUGAACAUCACCAUUCAUUUCUGCCUUAUAAAGUACUAAGAUCAGUAAUGACCUGAUUCCAGGAUAAUCUUCCUAUUUUGAAUAGUAUCAGCAUUGCUGUGAACUAUCAUUACCAUAUUAUCUGUGAAAAUGUGUCUGUAAAACUGGCUUGGUUUUUAGCCUUGAUUUUUUGCCUUUGCUUUCUAGAUUAGUAGAGCAGCCUUUUUGUUACCCACUCUUCUUUCCCUUCUGGGAGAGGGAAGCAUUUUGAUAGAGGACCCUGUUAUUUCUGGGAAGAGAGGAAUCUUGCUGUCACUGCAUGUAGUGCAGUUUUCUGGGACUCUGGCUAUAGAAGAGCUGUGUUUGUGCUGGUGAAGUUUCUGAUUUAUGCAAAAAUUUCAAUUAGACAUAACACUUAAGGAACCUGCUUACAGAAACGCAAGUAGUAGACGUAACUCUUAAAUACAGAAAUCACAUCUUUGUGCAUUAUGGCAUUGACAGUAGUUUUGACUUCUAAAGGAAUAGUUUUUAUUCCUAGAAUAAUAGUUUUUACUUCUAGCUAGGAAUUUGCAAGUUAAUAGCUGUUUCACUUCAGGGACAAGGAGUAACAAUAUUUCAGGUCAGUUCAAGCACUAACUUGGAAAAAUAUUUUUUCCAUUUCUUGCAUGAAUGCUUGGACAGAAUAAAUGAGGGAAAAUGAUGGGCAGUUAGGGACAAACCACUUUAAUGUGGUUUUAUGCACUAGUCUCAGAAGUGGAAGUAUUUAGAUACAAUCUAAUGUUAAUCAUCACCAAAGUGGCAAUUUAAAAUCUUCCAGUGAAAGUAAAGUAACUUAGAACACUGAGCAUGUGAUAGUUUAUGCUUUCCCAUUCAUGGCUGAGUAGGAAUUGAAUCUACAGUUUCCUAUAAUAAAGCUAAGAUUUAGAAGUCUUAAAUCUUUAUUUUGUAGCUGCUGAAGUGAGGGAGAUAAAAGGGUAUGGUUAUUUACCUGCAGUAUGGUUGUUGACCUUCAAUAGGCUUAGGAGUCUUCCUGUAGAGUAAUACUAAGUCAGAAGUAUUUGUGUUAAAUUCAGUUCAGAUUUUAAAUGUUUCAGCUUGGAGGUCUAUUAUCAACAAGUAAUCUAUUGGCUAAAUAAUUCACCAGCUCUACUAGGAGGAAAAAGCUGAUUGAUUUUAAGAUUUUAUCCUUAGUUUCUUUUGGAAGAGAAAGAAGACACUGGUAUUUUAAAAGAACUAUAGAAUACAAGAACACAGAACAGGAAUUGUCUUCAGAAAUGACAGGAGCACA